AUGAAAUUCUCUUUCUUCUUCAUGGACUGUGUGCAAGUCUUUUUCCUCUUUCCUAGAAACAGAGCUCUUAUACUCGUCACUCCUUCUUCACUUGACAGCUGUCCUUAUUUGAUUGGAACCGUUGGUAUCUCUCCAACAAACUCCAACUACGACUCUAACAACCUUCUCCCUCCAAUCUCUAGCUUCCACGUGGUUUGUGGGUGCAACAGUCACACCACAACAUCUCCUUCUCAACAGAAACGCUCUUUUCCAGGUGGAUUACAUCCAUACAACUACUGCCUUCCCGUUCUCAAAAGAGAGAUACACCGAGAAGCCAUUGUUAAAGCUGUAACUAGUGGAAGCAAGAAGUUCUUCCUGGGCACAGACAGUGCUCCACAUGAACGGAGAAGAAAAGAAUCAUCAUGUGGAUGUGCUGGUAUUUACAGCGCUCCUGUUGCCUUGUCUCUAUACGCCAAGGUCUUUGAUGAGGCUGGUGCGCUUGACAAGUUGGAAGCUUUCACAAGCUUCAAUGGACCUGAUUUCUAUGGCCUCCCGAGAAACUCUUCAAAGAUCACUCUCAAGAAAGCUCCUUGGAAAGUUCCUGAGGUCUUAACCUUCUCGUUUGGAGAGAUCGUUCCAAUGUUUGCUGGAGAAACUCUUCAAUGGCAACCAUCUUUCGAAUAAUGUGCUGUGUGUGGAGUUGUCUAAACAUUUCUCCCAGAUUGGAAUACCUUUGUUGGAUCUUUUGAAUUGGAUUUUGUUAUGGAUGAGUUAUGGUCUGCAUUUUUCUUUGAGGAAUAAAAGCAAAAUACUGAUCAAGAACGUUUAUUUUGUAUUUUGAAUCCGUUUUUAUAUUUUCUGUUCUUCAUUGAAUUUUAAUUGACAGUACAAUCCUCAACCAGAGUGUGCAAGAUGUCCCAUCCUCGU